AUGCUCCCUCCGGUGCAGAAGCGGGUGAAACAGGAAGUUGCCGACGCCAGACGGCUUCUAGAAAACGACUUGAUCGUCAAGGCUGAGCACGUGGAGCACCAUCAGCUGCCAGAGGAGGGCCUAAGCUCCGACGCCGUGAUGGCGCAGUUGGAUGCCUUGGACUCAAUCAAGGCCGUGGCAUGGAAAGAGGGGAAGAUCUCCGGUGCCGUCUACCACGGCGGAGAUGACUUGAUCAACCUCCAGACCGAGUCGUACCACAAGUUUGCCGUCGCCAACCAGUUGCACCCCAACGCCUUCCCCGGCGUGCGUCAGAUGGAGGCCGAGGUCGUCAGCAUGGUCCUCGGCCUCUUCAAUGCCCCAUCCACCGGUUGCGGAACCACCUCAUCCGGCGGUACCGAGUCACUAUUACUAGCGUGUCUUGCAGCCAGAGAGAAGGCCUACGCCGAGAAGGGCAUCACCAAGCCCGAGAUCGUGGCACCAAAAAGCAUUCACGCCGCCGUCUUCAAGGCCGCCAAGUACUUCAACAUGACUCUCAGAUUGGCCGACCUCGACCCAAAGACCUUCACCGCAGACAUCUCCCACGUGAAGCGCCUUGUUACCAGCAACACCGCCAUCAUUCUCGGCUCCGCCCCAAACUUCCCUUACGGUACCAUCGACAACAUUCCUGAGUUGUCCAAGAUUGCCGUUAAGCACAACAUCCCGCUCCACGUCGACUGCUGUCUUGGUUCCUUUGUCAUCGCCUUCUACGAAAAGGCCAUGGGCAAGAAGCUGCCUUUUGGGUUUGACUUCAGAGUUCCUGGUGUCACCUCCAUCUCUUGCGAUACCCACAAGUACGGUUUCGCUCCUAAGGGCUCCUCCAUCAUCAUGUACCGUUCUCCCGAAUACAGAAAAUACCAGUACUACAUCACCUCCGAGUGGGUUGGUGGCUUGUACGGGUCCCCGACCCUGGCCGGGUCCCGUCCUGGUGCAUUGACUGUUGGUGCAUGGACCACAAUGAUUUUCCUCGGUCAAGAAGGAUACGUGAAGAACAUACGCUCAAUUUUGGAAACCUCGCAAAUUCUACGCCAUGCCAUUGAAAACGAGAUUCCAGAAUUAGAUCUCAUUGGCGACCCACUCCUCUCCGUCGUAGCGUUCAAGAGUGAUGUCAUUGAUGUCCAUGUCUUGGGUGACCUGCUCACGAAGAGACACGGAUGGCAUUUGAGCAGCUUGCAGCAGCCAGCUGCCUUGCAUCUGGCCGUGACCAAGUUAACCGGUCAAGCCAUCUUGCAGUUGGUUGAGGACCUCAAGAAGUGUGUCGAGGAAUGUGUAGCCGCCGUUGCCGACAACCGCCAAGCCAUCAAAAGUGACACUGCCCAACUCUAUGGUGUUGCCGGCAGUUUGAGCACCCGUGGUGUCGUCGAUCAGCUUGUCGGGGUCUUCCUCGACGUCUUGUACGAAAACGACAAGACGAUGCAGUGA